AUGGAUGCAACCUUUUCUUUAACGCUUAUAGAAGCUAUCUUGAUUUUGCUGGCUAUAGCAAUUUCUAAGGCUAUCAGAUUAAUCUCUCCGCUUCCUGAUAGUUGUAAAGAUGCUGUUGAUUCGAUUCCCACGGUUUCUUCUCCUUCUAAUAUCAUUGUUGCUCCUUCUGCGACCAAAUAUGACGUCUUUCUUAGCUUUAGAGGGGAAGAUACUCGUGACGCUUUCUCAAGUUAUCUCUAUGAAGCACUUCGCGAAGCUAACAUUCAUACUUUUAUGGAUCACAAGCUCCACAAAGGAGAUCAUAUCUCAUCUAUUCUCUUGAAAACAAUAGAAGAAUCAGAGAUAUCUUUGAUUAUUUUCUCCAAAGAUUAUGCUUCUUCAACUUGGUGUAUGGAUGAGCUCUUUCAUAUUAUGAAAUGUAAGGAUAAAUACGGAAGGCUUGUCAUCCCAAUUUUCUUCCAGGUAGAUCCAUCAAAUAUUCGCAAACAGAAUGGGAGUUUUGGAGAUGGGUUUGCUAAGCUCAAGCAGAGAUUUAAGCACAACCAAGAAAGAGUGCAGAAGUGGGAAAAUGCUUUGAUCAAAUAG